CACCUGCCCAGACUCAUGAUGGCAGACCAGUAGAGCUAGAAGGAUAGGGAGUGCUGGCAGGCGUAGCUGAUUGGGAGAGGAGUCAGAAAUGUGGCUGCAGAGGAAGAUUGGCACAGGAAUUUAAACCCAGGUGCGGCAGCCAUUGAGGAGAGAACCACGCGGCUUUGGCAGAGUGGAGACAUCCCCACAGCUUUGGUGAAGAGAAAAUCUCGCAGCUGCUGAGAGCCUGAAUCCCAGACGUUUGCUUCUUUUCCUGAGAUACGACCUAGGACACUUGUUCAAAAAGCGUGUAGAAUCACUCCUAGAAAUCUGAAGUUCCAGGCUCUCUGCCAAAUGGACCUCAGUGCAGCCGAUCACCGCAUACCUCUCAGUGAUGGGAACAGCAUUCCUAUCAUCGGGCUUGGUACCUACUCAGAUCCUAAGUUGACCCCUAAGGGGGUUUGUGCAACAUCGGUGAAGGCAGCCAUCGACGUGGGGUACCGGCACAUCGAUGGGGCCUACGUCUAUCGCAACGAGCACGAGGUGGGGGAGGCCAUCAGAGAGAAGAUAGCAGAAGGAGUGGUGCGGAGAGAGGAUAUUUUCUACUGCGGGAAGCUUUGGUGUACAGCUCUUGACCCGGAUCACGUCCGCCCAAGCCUGGAGAAGACACUCAAGCUCCUCCAGCUGGAUUAUGUUGAUCUUUACAUCAUUGAAUUACCCAUGGCUUUUAAGCCUGGAGAUCUACUCUAUCCUAGAGAUGAGAAUGGCAAAUACAUAUACCACAAGACAAAUCUGUGUGCCACUUGGGAGGCUUUGGAAGCUUGCAAAGAUGCGGGCUUGGUGAAAUCUCUUGGCGUGUCCAACUUUAACCGCAGGCAGCUGGAGCUAAUUCUGAACAAACCAGGACUCAAAUAUAAACCAGUCAGCAACCAGGUUGAGUGCCAUCCAUAUUUCAUCCAGACAAAACUCCUGAAAUUUUGUCGACAACAUGACAUUGUCAUUGUCGGGUACAGCCCUCUGGGGACCAGUAGGGAUCCAUCAUGGGUGAAUCUAUCUUCCCCACCUUUGUUAAAGGAUCCACUUCUAAACUCACUGGGGAAAAAGUACAAUAAGACAGCAGCUCAAGUUGCUUUGCGUUUCAAUGUCCAGCGAGGGGUGGUUGUCAUUCCGAAAAGUUUUAACCCUGAAAGGAUCAAAGACAACUUUCAGAUCUUUGACUUCUCUCUCACUGAAGAAGAAAUGAAGAACGUUGAAGCCUUGAACAAAAAUGUCCGCUUUGUGGAACUGCGCAUGUGGAGUGACCAUCCCGAAUACCCAUUUCAUGACGAAUACUGACUUCCAAGAGCUCCUGAUUGAUUUUUGCCAGGACCUUUGGCCGGUGCUUCCCCUCAGAUGAAGUGGUGAUGGGUUUAACUUCUGUGUAAUAUAUGACUUUGGCUUAGCUAUAUUGAAAAAAGUUUAAAUCUGUUGAAAUAGUGGUUUGGAAGCAAUUAGGGGGUUGGUAAAGCCAUAAUGAUUUGGUGGCUGUUUCCAUCCAGCGUUUGAUUAGUUUUUACCCAGCUUUAAGGGUGGAUAACUGCUAGUUCCCUCCUAUAUGCUCUAAAGGGCCAGAGCUUCACAUACCUGGUGACCCUUGCUUACACUGUUACUCUUUCCCCCACACCUCAUACAACCACCAUCACGAAAACUGUCUUGAGACUAUCACUAUAUGCAAAUAAAACCCUGUAUUGUGAGAUGGUCCAAAGAUGACUAUUUUAAAAGAAGGCACUUAAAAAGGGGGGCCUUUGGGGGAAGAAAUGAAAAAAGAAAUUUUAUAAAAUCAUUAUACUAAAGACUUUUCUAAAGUGUUUUUGAGAUAAUUAUGUAAACUUCAAAACAGAAAGUUCAAAAUGACACUGGUAAUUUUUUUGUAUGUAAUUUUUUUAAGUGAAUAAGAAGAUUAUUGGAAUUUUGCAAUAGAGAUAUGCCUACUUUCAACUCAAGAAGUAUGUUUUAUUCACUCACAUUAGAUCACCUUCACAGGGCAUCGUUUCAAAAAUUGUUUGUCCAAACAGAUAAUCUUCAAUGACCUGAAAAUAGACACUUCUGAGAAGUUAUCACUUAAAAACAUGAUCUCUACUAACUAUUUCCACUGAUUCCAAUAUUAAUACCUAUAAUAUCGUCCUCUGGAAAAAUGUUCUGUUCAAAAAAAUUAAUAUUAAAGUGUGAUGAUUUGCU